AUGCAGCGCCUGCAUCUUCUCUGCCUCAGUCUCCUGUUGCUGGGACAUAUCCUAGAUGUGCACGGCGGGAACAACGUCCUCGACUGCUGCCUGCGGACAAGUGAGAUACCCAUCCCGUGGAGGAUAGUGCAGGAUUACCGGAUCCAGCUGGUGCAGGACGGCUGCAACAUCCCGGCUGCCGUGUUCAUCACCGCAAAGGGCAAGCAUCUCUGUGCCCCCCUCCAAGUCCCAUGGGUGGUUCGCCUCCAAGAGAAGCUGGAUGCCAGCCUUGCCAGGAAGUGUGACCCAGCAACCUGCGUCAGGCUGAGCCAGGGGCUGCUGGACCAGAGACUCCACCGCCUUUGCCACCUGGAAGCUGGUUGA